CCUUCUGAGAGUGAAGAGGAUGUUGUAUGGUGCAACCCCCUUUUUAAUGCAAAAGAGCAAAGAAAUCUUUGUGAAUCUAAAAUACAGAGGAAAGAUGGCUGCUCAUUUCAAAGGAGAAAAAAAUCAAGUUUUACCUGACUUUCUACAACUGAAUGACUUGGCGUGUGAAGCUGUAGGAGGAAAGAUUAUAUUUGCAACGGAUGACUUUUUUGCUCCUGCGGAGAAUCUCUUAAAGAAGGAGAGUCCAGUUCUUAAACCAGACGAAUUUACUGAUUAUGGCAAGUGGAUGGAUGGAUGGGAGACAAGGAGGAAAAGGAUUCCAGGACAUGAUUGGUGUAUUAUCCAGUUGGGAGUACCAGGUAUUGUCUGUGGAUUUGAGGUAAACACAUCUUUCUUUGCUGGAAACUGUGCUCCUCGUAUAUCAAUUCAAGCAGCAUGUCUGACGCAAGUGGAUUUACCAGAGUUUUCGCCAAGAGGGGACAGGAUAGGAACUGCAGCUUCAGAUGAAGAGUUAAAAGCUGUCAAGAAGAUGAAGUCAGAUGAAUGGACUCUUCUGGUUCCUAUGAAAGAGUUGAAACCAAGAUACCUUGAUACUAGCCACAAUUAUUUUUCUGUCAGUUGUAAGAGGAAAUGGACUCACAUAAGGCUCAAUAUCUAUCCAGAUGGUGGGAUUGCACGUUUCAAAGUGUAUGGUUUUGUUCAGAAAGACAGGUCAGCUUCUGGCCCAAAUGACUUGGAUGACUUGGUGGCAAUGGAGAAUGGAGGUAUUUGUGUUGGAUUUAGCAGUGCUCAGUUAGGCCACCCAAGAAAUAUUCUAGGGCUAGGAAGAGCAUCAUCCAUGGAAGAUGGUUGGGAAACAGCGAGAAGACCGGACAGGCCACCAGUUUUAAAAGCUGAUGAGAAAGGUAUCCUCCUCAUGCCAGGGAGUGAAUGGGCAGUUUUCCGGCUGGCACAUCCUUGUGUAAUAACUCACAUUGAAAUAGACACUAAUCACUUUAAAGGUAACUUUCCAGAUACUUGCAAACUCGAGGCCUGUGUUUUGAACACAGAAGAAGAAAAAGAUUGUAUAAUACAGAAAUGGAACCUUAAACAGAAUCCAAAAUGGAACCCUUUGCUUUCUGUUACAAAGCUUAAGCCUAACAAGAGGCAUUUCUUUGACGGUACUGCCCUACAAAUGCAGGAUGUAAUCACUCAUGUGAGACUCGUUAUUGUUCCUGAUGGAGGUGUAAGUAGGAUGCGUCUCUGGGGUUUCCCACGGACUCUGCUUUAUACAAGCAAAUGAAGAGGAUUUUCUAAAAAAGACUUUAAGGGUUAUAGAAUGGAUGUUCACUUUUCCUCCUGUUAUAGAAACUUGAAUAUAUUCAUUGAAUGGUACACAUGCAUUAAACUAAGCAUGACUUUUUCCCAGCAAUAAUUCAAACAUAACAAUUCUGUAUGUAUUAUGGCUGUACAAUAAUACAAUGACUUCUCUACUCCUAGGAAAAUAAUGAAUGUAAUAUAUUUUUGCUGAAAUGCAUUUUUUGGGGAAAAUCAAUCAAUGAUAACACAGUGCACCCCUGGGUGAUCAUAGCUCAUCAUUAUUUUAACCACUAUGUAAAUCCACUAAUUACCCUAAAAUGCACUGCCUGCAGUGUCUUACUGGUGAAAAGAAAUGGCAUUUUAAAAUAAAAAUAAAUCAGAGACAGGCUCUGCUUUAUUGUUAUGUCUGUCUUAAUUAUAAGCCAGUCAAAAAGCUCUACUUAUGGUCUACUGCUUUCACUCAUGUCCCAUAUAUAGGCAUUUCAUAAUUAUUCAUAAUAUAAAUUAUGUAUUCAUAAGCAUCUCUACAGCCUAUCCUUCUGAUAGUACAAAGUGCUCUCCUGGAUUAUUUUGCCAAGAUUCCAAACCCUAAGAAGAAAGACAGGUUGAAUCUCCCUGUCAACCUCAAGUUUGUGUGUGUGUCAAUAUAUUGGUGGAAUUUGGAAACAUAUUUCUUUAUGAAAACACACAGAAUGAUUUUAACCCUCCUUUUCCUUGCACUUUUUUGCUGUAACCUAACACCCAAAUAUUGUCUGUUUCUCUACCAGCCUAGGCUAAGAUUUUCAAAACGGAGUGCUUAAGGUUAUGUUGCUAAAUCUAUAUUUAGCGAUCCAAAUCAGUGACCUGAUUUUCAAAAAUGCUGAGCAUCCCGGGGUUCUCUUUGACGUCAGUGGCAGCUAUUGGGUGCUCAGCACUUAAAAAAAUCAGGUCACUGAAUUUAGUGCGUAAAUAUGGCUUCAGAAGCAUAGCUCUAAACACCCAGUUUUGAAAAUUGUGACCCUGGGCCUAGAUUGUACUGAAUAAGGCAACAUUUCUUUUGGAGAGAAAAAAGUGCUCAGCAUGGGGCUGAUUCCACGUGGCAUGGCGAGGUUUUUUGUGUGAUGGCACAUGAUCACGAUAUACUGCAGAUAGGAAAAGGUGGCCCCAAGUACUGCUUUGCUUUCCUUACUCUGGGCACACACCUGCCUUGUUCCCUAUGCACCUCUCAUUUGCACCAUGGCUUCUGGGUGGAAGUGCUGUGAUGAUGAUGGAGAAUAGUUGGGGCCAUGGACAGGCAUCUUUAGGGUGUGUGUGUGUGUGUGUGUGUUUCUAAAUUUUUGUACUCAAGCUUAUACUGUAGUAAUUAAAAUGCCGAAUGAUAUAUAUGAAGGCAGAUACGGCAAACAAUUUUCUGGAAUUUUGCAUAAUAAUUGAAUGUAAAAUAGCAUUGUCUGUAACAAUUAUGGAGGCACUGGCAGUGAUUCUAUAGUUUAAAGCUGAAUUGUCCAUGGAAUGGGGACUAUUUUUUCUUUAUAUGUAAGUGGUCUUUCACUGUGAAAUUUGAUAUAAUGUAUAUUUUAUAUAGGGUCAAAACUGGGUAUUACAGAAUUGUAUCUGAUUUUACUUGUUUAAUGCACUGUAUUUGGGAGCAUUCAAAAUAUGUUGUGGCAUAACAUAUACUGUUUGCAAUCUAUGUUUUUGAUUUACAUCUAAUUAAUAUUUUUGACAUCACAAGAGUGAUAAAUAACAUAAUACUAAUGAAGUAUUGAAAAGUGCUUAAUUUGUAAUACUACAAUCUAUCCAAGGUAUUUGUUAUCCCUAUCUUUAAUGUGUUUCUCCUCAUAACACUCAGCUUGGUAGGGAAAUGCAAUUAUCCCCAUUUUGCAGAUAGAGAAUGGAGAUGCAGAGAGAUUAAGUACCUUGCUAAAUGUCACACAAGAAACCUAUUGCCAAACAGGGGAUUGAACCCACAAGUGCCAGGCCAGCACCCUCCCCACUGGACCAUCCUUCCUCUCAUGAGUCAUCUAAUAUGUGUAAUGUCUUGUUCUAAGGAUGGAACUUUUCUCCAUUUUGUUUCUUAACCCUUGUAGCUUACUUUGUAUUCUGUCCUUUAGUUUGCAUAAUAAUUUGUGGCCAUGGUGUGUGGUGCUAUAAUAAAGAAAUUCCCAUUUUC